AUGUCGAACAGGCUGGAGAAGAUUGCCCAGAAAUCCGCCACUGGCGGCGUCCUGGACGAAAAGAAUUCAGUUACGCAUGGGAAUCAUCACUUGGACCCCUUGGCCCAGACUGAGACACAGGCUCAGGCUACGAUGAAAGACCUCACUGUCACGGAUGAUGAUCUUCUCGAGGCCAAGGAGCUGCCUGCUACCUAUUCCCUAGACGACGUGAAGCGCUUGAUGACGCAUGUGCAUAAGAUUCAUAAGCGCGAUCCCAACUUUCCUGCGACCAUCGUAAACAAGAUCGAGGAAUUCUUGAGCGACGUUGAUAUUUUCCAAAAUCCUGACAGGCAUGAACAGAUCAUUGCCGAGAUAAAAAUCGAAACCGCUCUGCUCACAAACAACUCGCCCUACGCCGAAGUACGUGCUGUAGUCGACAACAAGGACGACCCCGACUUGCCCGCGUCGACGAUUCGAUCAUGGCUCAUCGGUAUGAUUUUUGCUUGCAUCAUGGCUUUUAUCAACGGCUUCUUCGAGACACGUUUCCCCGCCAUCUUCCUGAGCAGCACCGUGGCCCAGCUUCUUGCCUAUCCCAUCGGCACCUUCAUGGCCAAGGUGCUCCCAGACCGCGGAGUUACCUUCUUUGGCGUACGACAUAGCUUGAACCCGGGCCCGUUCAAUAAAAAGGAGCACAUGCUCAUCAGCAUCAUGAGCGUCGCCUACGACUCGGCGCCGUACACGAACCAAAUCAUCUGGAUCCAGGCCCUGCCGCAGUACUUUGACCAGCGCUGGGCCUACAGCUUCGGCUACCAGCUCUGCGUGGCCCUGUCGACCGCCUUUAUCGGCUACGGAUUCGCGGGCAUGACACGCCGCUUCAUCGUCUGGCCGUCGCACUGCAUCUGGCCCAACUCGCUGGCCACGAUUGCGCUCAACUCUGCAUUCCACUCCACUGACGGAGGCCAUCCCGUUCUUGGCCCCUCCAACACGACAUGGAGAUGGUCCCGUAUCAAGUUCUUCAUGGUCGCCUUCGCCGCCAUGUUUGUCUACUUUUGGUUUCCAAACACCAUUUUCGGCGCUCUCAGCACCUUCUCCUGGAUCAGCUGGAUUGCGCCUAAUAAUCGCAUCCUGACCGCCCUCACAAGCUCCAGCACCGGCCUCGGUCUCAACCCUUUCCCUACAUUUGAUUGGAAUAUCAUCACCACCCGAGUCGACCCGCUCUACACGCCAGCGUUUACCACGUUCAACUUUUGUGCUGGCACAUUCGUGAGCAUGUUCAUGGUCAUUGGUUUCUGGUUCAGCAACGCGUACGGCAGUGCCCAUCUGCCCAUCAACUCCAACCUGCCCUUUGAUCGCUUUGGCAAGAGGUACAACGUCACACGUGUCUUGACCGAGCAAGGUAUACUCGACAUGGAUAAGUACGAUGCGUAUUCAAAACCCUACAUCUCCGCGGGGAGCAUGACAUUUUACUUUUGGUUCUUCGCCGUGUACAGCGCCUCCAUUACCUACACGGUCCUCCAGCAUCGAACCGAGAUUUGGGAAGGAUUUGCAGCGGCAUUUCGCAGCAAGUUCAGGUCAAACAAGUCUGCGCGCGAAGAAGCUGAGACUCUAGAUGUACACAUGCGCCACAUGAGAAAGUACAAGGAGGUGCCUGAUUGGUGGUUCCUCAUUGUUCUUCUCAUCUCCGCGGCCGUCGGAAUGAUGUCAAUGGCCGUUUGGCCCACUGGCACCAGCCCGGCUGUUGUCGUGUUUGGGCUGAUCAUGUGCGCCAUCUUCGUCAUUCCUAUUGGCAUCAUGUACGCCAUGACCGGCUGCCAGGUGACCCUCAAUGUUCUAGCCGCGUUCAUUGGAGGUACCGUCUCCAACGGCAACGCUGUCAGUAUGGUCUACUUCAAGACCUACGGCUACCUGACAUGCGCUCAGGCCAUCGCUUUCGCUCAGGAUCUCAAACUUGGCCACUACGUCAAGAUCCCUCCGCGAAUUUUGUUCUGGGCUCAAAUGGUUCCGACAUUCAUUUCUACGUUUAUCUUUAUCGGUCUUCUCCAAUACCAACUUCAUAUUGACAAGAUCUGCACUCAACAGGCGCCAUUCAAGUUCAUCUGCCCUGCAACAAACACCUUUUUCACCUCUGCUGUGCUUUGGGGUACAGUUGGUCCUGCAAGGCAAUUUGGUGCUGGGAGUACAUAUUCCACGCUUCUAGUUGGCUUCCCUAUCGGCAUCGUCAUCGUGCUUGUCUUCUGGGGUCUUGGUAAGUGGUUCCCCAAGAGUAGUGUGCUUCGCAGCGUGCACCCGGUGGUCCUGAUCUCUGGCGCUCUUGGCUGGGCCCCUUACAACUUGACCUACAUCUGGCCCGCUGUUCCCGUCGCUGCAUAUUCCUGGUUGUUUGUUCGUCGAAAGUAUCUUGCGUUUUGGUCUAGGUACAACUACGUCCUCUCCGCGGCCUUUGCUGCCGGUAUCGCCAUUUCGGCAGUUGUCCAAUUCUUUGGUCUUGCAUUUACCGGUGUUGAAAUCAACUGGUGGGGAAACAAUGUAGUUGGCCAAGGCUGCGAAGGCGUUGCAUGUCCCCUCAUGCCCCUACCAAAAGGCGAAGGGUUUGCCCCCAAGCCUGACGGUCAGUAUUGA